AUGCUACUGGCUUUGAAGGAACAAAAUCCAGGUAACUUGACUACAAUCACUCAAGUGUACACUUGCUGCAAAACAAUCAAGAAAGAAGCACAGGGACCAUUGACAGAAAUGCAAUUUUUGAUGAAGAAGCUGACAGAAGCCAACUAUGUUCACUUUGAAAGACAAGCUGACGAUUCGGAUGUCAUUAGAGAUGUUUUCUGGGCUCAUCCUGAUGCUAUCAAACUCUUCAACACAUUCCCUCAUGUGGUCGUCAUGGAUUGCACGUAUAAGACAAAUAAAUACCGGAUCCCCUUGCUUGAAAUGGUUGGCUUGACUUCUACUGGUAAGACUUUCUCCAUAGCAUUUUGCUACAUGACUCAAGAGCGCACACAUGACUAUGUUUGGGCCUUGGACUGCAUGAAGUCUCUGCUUGCCAACCCUGUCAGAUUACCUGGUGUUAUUGUCACUGACAAAGAAUUGGCUUUAAUGAAUGCUGUUUCGCAAACUUUUCCCACCUCUUGCAAUUUAUUAUGUUUGUUCCACAUCAAGAAGGUUGUUGAGGCAAAGUGCAAAUUGUGGGUUGCCAAAGACGAUUUCAAAGAUAUAGUAAUGGAGCAAUGGACAGAUUUGGUGAAUGCGGAAACAGAGCAACAAUAUGAGAAGGAAUGGAGGAACAUGUGUGCCAUGUGUAAAGAUCACCCAAAGUUCACAAAGUACAUUUCUGAGACAUGGUUAACUCACAAGGAGAAGUUUGUGAAGGCAUGGACAAACAAUGUGAUGCAUUUUGGAAACACAACAAGUAACAGGGCUAAAAGUACACAUGCAGCCUUCAAGAAGAUGCUAAGGAACAGCAAGGGUAACUUGUGCGAUUCAUGGGAUGCAGUGGAUAGGUUGACAACUGUGAGGCACAAUGAAAUUGUAGCAUCUUUUGAGCGCAGCAUUAACAUUGUAGAGCACCGUUUCAAGUCUAAAAUGUAUGUGAAUGUAAGGGGGUUCGUGGCUGAAAAAGCCCUUCAACUCAUGCACGAUGAACAAAACAGAGGGUGGGGUCAGGAUGAGGUAUGUGGUUACUUGAUGAAAGUCACUCAUGGACUACCUUGCGCUUAUGCACUUCAGAGUUAUGCUUCAAUUCCGUAUAAGGCAGUGGAUCUGUUCUGGAAGAUACUUUCUUGGGAAAAAGUGCUUGUUCCGGAUAGACAAACCUCAAACCAUGGAGACAUUCAGUAUGACAUCGAGGCCUUGGUUGCUCAUUACAGUACUCUGGAUGAUGCAGGCCAAAGUAUGCUGAGGAGGAAGGUUAAAGAGUUGUAUUGUCCUCAGAGUAGUUCACUAUGUCCUCCUGAAGUGAAGAUAAAAACCAAGCAGUCAUCCAAAGCCAAGGGGAGUAAGCCACCUACACGUGAACCAAUAGGAUCCUUGAGGCGGGAGCCUUCACAUUGGGAACGUAAUGAGAGCAACGCAACACCUACGCUUGCCAAAUGUCCUCCACCAACUAUACGGUCCAGGAAUCGUUCAUCACAAGCUAGUAAGUCAAAGAACAAGAAUUUUAUCGGGAAGUCUCCACCCCCCAGCAUCUACUUGGGGUACUUGCCAUCUUUUUUCCUACCAUAUAUAGAUGAAGUGAUAGAUGUUGAUGGAGAUGGUAAUUGUGGCUAUAGAGCGGUCGUUGCAUUGCUGGGACAUCCGGAAGGGCAGAAUGGUUGGCAUUCGAUUAGGGAAAAGUUGAUGGAAGAACUCGAACGGCAUCAGUAUUUAUAUAACACCAUGUGGGGUUUUGAUAUAGUUCAGGCCUUGCACUUUCGUCUCACCCUCCCUCAUGAUCAGAUGGCCACUGACGACAAAUGGAUGCACUUACCGAAGAUGGGGUAUCUCAUUGCUACAAGGUUUCAGGUGGUAUUUAUCUCCAUUUCGGAAAAAUCAAGUUACACUUACCUUCCAUUGAUAGGCGCCCCACCAGAGGUACACACAGUUAUAGCUGUUGGUCAUGUGCCCAACCACUUUGUACAGCUUAAGUUGUUGCAUGGACAUCUGAUUCGGUAUAUUGCUCCCCAAUGGCCAUACAACGUCCUACCACCCACGACCGAAUGGAUUAACCCAUAUCAAGACCGUAUGGCCAGAUUUGCGCUUGAACACACUGCUUGGAGGGCUGCUAUUGCUGGACCUCUUGUUCCAAAUGUGAAUGACUACAUAGACAUCACAAAAGACUAA